ACAAACUCCUAAUUUCUUCAAAUACCCAGAAAGUCAGAAGUUCCAUUGAUCCACAACAUUCACGACGCCCUUAAGUUUUUGAAAGAAAAGAUUGAAGUUUCUGGUGUACAUUCGGGUAUACGUUCGCAGUGGAGAGCUGAAAAUGCGCAGGCAGAAGAGGAUGGGUGUCGUAGAGGGUUUGGUACCCAAAGUCCGCAAAAGGGGCUGCUCAUCAUCUUCAUCUGCUUCGUCCAGAGUCCAUAACUGCAGAUUCAAGCGGGCGAUUGUAGUGGGGAAGGUCAGACACGUAGGAUUGGGCGGGUCCAGAUCCAGCACUCCAGUGCCAUCCUGGAAAGCGACGCCGCUUCUAAAGACCGCUCUCGAGCCCCCUGUGGUUUCUCAGGCGAGAACGUCUCGUCCUGUCUCAGCUAGAAAGCUUGCUGCAACUCUCUGGGAGAUGAAGGAAGUCCCGUCCCCAAAAAUUGAUGAGGACUUGGACCAGAGGAAGAAGGAGAAGAAGAAGAAGGAGAAAAUGGGUCUGGGCCGUUCCGGUUCGGGUUCAGUUUCGAGCCCCCUGCCCCCUCAUUUGUGUGAUCCAUCUCAUAGCCCUGUUUCUGAGAGGUUUGAUCGAUCUGGAACUGGAAGUUACCGAAAGAGGAUGCCGACUACUACUUCACACAGACUGAGGCCUAUAAACCAUAAUACUGUUGGUGUUUUUGAUUCCUUAAGCAGUGCUUGUUUAAUGGAGAUGGAGACAAGAUCUCGUGCCAGUGUAUCCGUGGUUGGUGUAAAAACCCAUCUGAAAGACAUUAGUAAUGCUUUGACCACAUCCAAAGAGCUAUUGAAAAUAAUCAAUAGGAUAUGGGCAAAUGCUGAUCAGCCAUCUUCUACUACGUCUCUUGUUUCGGCUUUACAUGCUGAACUCGAAAGGGCCCGCCUUCAGGUUAACAAGCUAAUAAUACAAGAACACCACUCAGAUCAAAGUGAGAUCAAUCACCUCAUUAAGUGCUAUGCUGAAGAGAAAGCUGCUUGGAAAAACAGGGAACAGACAGCAAUUGAGUCUAUUGCAACUGAACUUGAGGUGGAGAGGAAACUAAGGCGACGGUGUGAGAACUUGAACAGUAAACUUGGGAAAGAGCUGUCUGAAACAAAAGCCUCGCUCGUGAAGGUUGUGCAAGAACUGGAGGACGAGAAGAAAGCAAGAGAGACGAUAGAACAGAUGUGUAAUGAUUUAGCAAGGGACAUUGAUGAAGAUAGAGCAGAGGUGGAAGAUUUGAAAAUGGACUCUGCAAAAGUUCGUCAAGAGAUUGAAAAGGAAAGGGUCCUUACAAAAUUCUCAGAGGCCAAUAAACAUCAGGUUACUGAGAAAAAUUCUGCUGUUGACAAGUUGAAGAAACAACUCGAGGCAUUUUUGGGCAGGAGAAAAUCUAGAAGGAAGGGAAACACCUCUAAAAAAAUGGCCGCAUGUUUGAAUAAAACACUUAUUACCUCCCACCACCAGAAUAUGGAGAAAGAAGAUGAUGGGGAAGAGUCAGCAGAGAGUGAUCUUCAUUCUAUUGAACUGAGCAUGGAAAACAAUAACAAGAGCUCCAAGGGCACUUAUCUUUCACCCAUUAGCCGUGGGUGUAAGCGAAUUUCAGUUGAUGAAGCGAAAGCACGGAGCUCUCUUAGUGGGCAGGCACCUAGAACCAACACUACACUUCUAAGGAGGAUUUCAGAUGCAGUUGACUGGGGGGGCACUGAAGCAGGAAACCUUCAAAAUCCAGGCCAUGGAUUAGAUUUGGUGAGGCUCCAAGAACUUGAGAAACAUGGUAAAGAAUAUGCUUAUGCAGAGGAAAUACAAAGAAUAAAGGCAAUGGCAGGGAUGAAGAACCAUACUCUAGCUUUCUCCAGUCCUUCUCGACAAUGGGACCAACCUCGGGGCUCCCAAGAUACUUGCAUUACUCAUGAGGGUGCUGCGUUGAAGUCGAGGCUUGGUGUUGGAAGAUCAAAAUGGUGAAUCUGAUCAUAUACCGUUAAUACUUGCCUUCAUAUAGAUGCAAGACUGCAUAUAGCAUUUCCAAAGAAGUUGGCAUCUUGAUUAACAUUUUUUUUUAAAUGUUUGAGUGAAUAGGUGUUUCUGUAGAAAUGGGUUGCUAAUGUACUCUUGAGUGGCCUUGUGUAACAACUCUUCAAGUGUAUUGUUAGAUUAGAAUGAUCCAUUUCAUUCCUAGCUGAAUAUCCU